UGAGAAAGGCUGUCUUUAUUGAUAAACACCUAAAGAUAUCAACAAAGAGAAUAAUUUACAAUGCGUGUGUUAUGUCUGUGCUGUUUUAUGGAGCAGAAUGUUGGAUUCUUCUCAAAAAAGCAGGACAAGAAGCUGAACACCUUUCACCAUCGAUGCAUUAGAAGUAUCUUGGCCAUUUCCAACAGGCAACAAACAAUGGUCUGAGCACCUCACAAUGGCAGAAGUGAGGAGGUGGGAAGAUGAGGAGCCUGCAUCUGAGAAAGUGAAAAGGAAAAGGUUGGAAUGGUUGGGACACCUAGCAAGGAUGCCAGACCAUAGAAUGCCAAAAUCAACCUUAUUUGGUCGGUUGACUCAGCCUUGCCCCAGAUGUGGUCCAAAGAAGAGAUGGAGAGAUAUGAUGAGAAGAGACUUUAAAGACAUUGAAGUAUCAGAGGAGGAAUGGUAUGAUGAGGCUGUGAGGUCGAGAGCGGGCUGGAGUACAUUGUGUCGUGAUGGUUUGGAACGUUGGAGAGAGAGAAUGGGGACAUGUACUCUGGUGGCAGUCAGGGAUGUGAUGUGUGAGGUGUGCUCCAGGACCUUUAGAAGACAAAGUGAUAAGGUGAGACACAAGUGUAUGGAAGAAAGAAAGAAACCUAUAAGGAAACAACAAGGUGCAAUCCAAUGUUCAGAUUGUUUCAAAUGGUUCAGAAGUAAAAGAGGAUUGACAGUUCAAAGAUGUGUAGAAUUCUAGCAAGUACAAUGUUCAUUCAUCAGACUUGUUGCCUCUUGGAGGCAUGCGUGAUCGUUUUACGGUAGCUUUUGAACAGGACAGGACAAGUGUGUGUGUGUGUGUGUGUGUGUGUGUGUGUGUGUGUGUGUG